AUGAGACUUGGGCGUCGUCGAGAGGAAAGUCUCUCAUCGUCCGACGAUACCACGAUCUCGGAUCAGGAUGACGAGCCACAUUAUGAGUACAUUCUCAAGGAGAUGUACGUGCCUUCUUUGAGCGAUAACUCAUCUGCCGAACAGAAGGACCUUGUGGACCUCGUCUUUGUUCAUGGCCUUGGGGGGAAUCUCCGAACCACUUGGAAGCAAGAGGGUACAACUGAACCGUGGUUUAUAAAGCCAGAAUUUCUUGGCCGUCUUCAAGAUUCGGUUCGCGUCCUGUCAUUUGGCUACAAUGCUCACCGUUUCGGCGAUGUCGCCAAUACGAGGAUAAUCCAUCACGCCAAUGAUUUACUGCGAAAUCUGGUUCUCAAACGACUCGAACACCCAGACCGCCCUUUAAUAUUCAUUGCUCACAGUCUUGGUGGCUUAGUGGUCAAGAGAGCAAUACUCCUAUGCGCGACAAACGACGAUUGGAAAGCUAUCAAGCAAGCUACGAAGUCCAUAAUAUUCAUGGGGACUCCUCAUAUGGGAUCGGAAAAGGCUGAAGACCUCGUCGUUGUGCAGAAAGUGGCAUCUUUGAUGAAACUUCAAACGGCUGUUGCAACAAACCUCACAAAAGAACUCCGAGCGUUCUCAAACUCAGUACAAGAUAUCAACAUGGAAUUUACUAUUGAUGUUCAUCGUUCCAUCAAGCUCCUAUGUUGCUAUGAGUCCCAUCCGCAGCGGUUACCGAAUGGAGCAAAAGAAAUUAUAGUCCCUCAAUGGUCUGCUGUCCUUCAGGGUGUCGACAACAUCGAUCUAAAUUGUACGCACUCUGGAUUGCCAAAAUUUGCUUCCCCUUUACACCCACGGUUCGAGCUGUUCUGGGGUGAAGUUGAAAGGCUAGUGAGGCUGGCUGAACCACCUCCGAUCAAACCCUUAAAAAAGGCACCCACAUGGACGGACGAAGAUGUUACACAGCCGUCACCUCGGUCACGCCAGAACGCUCCUCUCCGGCGUCGACAUGAAGUUGGGAAAGCAUCAAAAGCCUCUAGAGAUUCGGCAAUUCGCUCAAGUGUCGAUAAACUAUUGAAAGAAGUUACAAGCCGCAUCAAUGUCGACUUACCAAUGCAGUAUGAGACUGCCGUGUCUCAAGCUCAGAAUCGGACACAACCGGAGAAAUUUGAUGUUAAGGAGUUUAGUGAUUUCACCCGCCUUCUUCGCUCUGUGACACCCGAGAAUAAAGGUCUUGAUCGCGAGGCUCCUCACUGGCAGACAUGCUCAUGGAUAUUGGAAGAUGCCACUUUCGUCAAAUGGAAGGAGAACAAGAGUGGCAGUCUCCUAUUCAUUACAGGGAGUCCUGGAUGUGGCAAGUCAAACUUGGCAAAGUACAUCCAGGGUGCAAUGAAAGAUUCGAACGAUGAGAGGUGGGAGGAGAGCCUCGUCAUACCAUUCUACUGUGAUAGUCUGGAGAGCUCUCGACACAAUCCUCCAAUAUUGGAUCUUGUUGUCCAAUCUAUGUUGAGCAAGUAUACCACCAUGUCACAAGCGACAAGAAAAAAGCUGGAAUCAGUCUUGGAAACCCUUGGGGUUGAUAGACAGAAGUCACGAUCACCUCUCGAAACCGAGAAUAGCGGACAUUUCUUCCAACUGAUGGAAAUUGUUCAAUUACUGGCGACGGCUGAAGAUACGAGGCCAACUUGCCUCAUAAUUGAUGGUCUAGAUCAAUGUGAAGACGAAUUCAUCAUCCGGUUGCUCCGUGGGUUAGACACGAUUUUCCGUCGCGAGUCUUCUGCUUCAGCCCUCAAAGUUGUUGUAACAUCACGCAUGGCAGACUCGAUCCGAGGGUUCGCGCUCGCAAAUAACCACAUAGAAGUCACUCCAGAUCUGAUCCUCAAUGAUAUCCAAAAAGUAGUUGAUGAAGAAGUCGACCGCAUUAUCUUGAGUCGCCGGAUAGCCACUGUUGGACGAGCUUCUGUUUCCGCCGUCAUUGUUGAGAGGUCGAAUGGAAGUUUCCUUUUCGCAUCAGCAGUCCUCAAGGAACUGUGGCACAUCAAAGACACAGGGGCUAACUCAGUCUUUACACUCGUUACAAGCUGUCCUCCAACCAUGGAAGCGAUAUAUCAACAAGACAUGGACCGCAUUCAAAAUGAACGCAAUGACUUGUUUCAGCUGAUUCAGAUUAUUUGCAUAGCAAGGUCGACCUUGAGAAUAGAAGAGGCCAAGGAGAUCCUUCGGUUUCUAAAUCCAUCGGUAACGAGGACUUACGAUCUUGCCGGCGAUUUGACAAGAACAUGCCAGCGGCUAGUUAGAUUUGGGCGUUGAGGACACUCUCGA